AUGUACCGUUUCAAUGAAGUGGACCCGGAUGAGCUGCCGAAAAUGACUCACGACGAGAUCGCCAGAGAGCUCCAAGCUGAAGAUGCGGCUCUGCGAAACAAAUACAAGGGAGCGAGCCAAGCAGUGUACUACGCCAGGAGGCUAUCGAUUUAUCAUGAGGAGAAGAAACCCCUGCAAAAACUGCUCGUCAACUCAGAUACGGCGCUCGGCAGCGUUUACCGACCGGAAACUACCGCGAGACGACUGUAUUUCUUCGCGAUAUAUCUUGCGAUGUUGGGGCUGUCAAUAUACAUGAGUUAUGGACUCGUCGUCGGCUAUUUCGCUCGAGAGUCAGUUUUCCAAAUUAACGCCAUCGAGCCCUUCAACAUCACCUUGCCAGCGAUUACUAUCUGCAACAAAAAUCCUAUAAGAAAGAUACCGCUGUGUGAUCGGCGAGACAGCGUCAUCGCAAAGUGGAAUUUGUCAGCGAUUGAACGAGAAGGUCUGGAGGAUCUCUGUGGAGCUAAGAGGAGCCAACUGACACCGAAAAACUUCAGACAGAUGAUACCAGCCAUGGUCGAAUACGACUUCCUGCACGAGUUCGGCCACGACAUCGCAGAUUCCCUCCGCGGCUGCUUAGUCCAGGGUAGGCCGUGCCCUGCGGCCUAUUUCACCGAGGUUAUAGAUAUGGAGGCGGGGAGGUGCUGGUGCAUUUUUUGCAAUCAUACAUUCGAUAUUCAGAACGGAGUCAACACCUUGAAGGUCUUCAACAUGACUAUGUUCCGUCGCGGGUUGAUCAUGCUCCUCGACGUCGAACCCGAACAGCUCAUCGACGAAAUUAGUGAUGGGGUCGGAUUUUUGCUCAAACUGCACACUCCGGGUGAAGGAGCCCACCCGAUGUUCGGCUCCGUCAAUCUGCCGGUCAAUCAGACAACAUAUGUUGCAAUUAAGGCGAAGCGCAUCGAGAGACAACCAGGCUCCCAACCGGAUAUGUGUCUUUCUGAAUUCCCGGAAUCAAUGGAUUACGCCGACAGACGAGAACAAUACGAACCACAUGCAUGUACUGAAGCCUGCACUCAGAAGAUUAUAUCAGAGGUGUGCGAAUGCAUCGUGGCAGAUUUGUACAACUUGACAACUGGAAUGCCGAAAGCUUGUCCGGCCAUGCCACCAGCAACCAACGACUCCAAAAGCAGAUGCGAUCCGAGUGAAUUGAUCCGAGAUCCUCAGCUGAGGAAAUUCUACGAUGUGGAGAAAUGCGGAUAUAUCUGCUCGACUAAAAUGCAGAGCAGCCCCUCAGAGUUUUUCGAUAAAUGCGCGGACUUAUGCCGACCACAGUGCGAAGAAAUGCAGUACCGCCUUAGUACGUCACGAUCGCGAUGGCUAUCCGGACUUAAGAGUUUCCACGAUGCCGACUUCCUCCUUGCGAACAGAGCGACUGGACUGGUCAAAGUUUUCGUAUAUUUUGAGCAAAUCGAGAUGGAGUAUUUCGCCGGGACGUGGAAAAUGACCUAUGUGGAAGCUCUAGUUGAAGUUGGAGGUCAGAUGGGUACCUACCUCGGCCUCACAGUGCUCAUCGCCUUCGAAAUCUGCGAACUCAUUGUUCGUUAUUUAUUGAUACUGUACAGGAGAAAACAAGUCAAUGCUGUCAAGGCUCGCGAUGACUUGAGCCUGUCCGAGACCGCAUUCCUGCAAAAGUCCAUAAAAGCUAAUAGGAUGGAAGCUGCGGAGCUCGAGCGAGAGCGGAAACUCCUGACCAAUCGACUGCUGUCAGCCAGGAGACCUGUUGCUUUCCAACGCUUCCACGGCCGAGCUUGA